GUUUUUCUGUCCAAUCACCAAUUGAAUAGUGACUACUGUUUUUGGCAAAAUCAUUUUCCAAAAUAUUAAAAAACAAAUGUUUUUAUAAUACAACGAAAAUGAAUUUAGCAUUUAGGCAACUUCUAAGUACAAGGACUUUUAGGUUAUGUGAGAAGUUUUCACAAAAAGGUAUUCAGCUCCCAAUUGUCUCAACAUGCCCUUCGAUACAGCAGCGAACUUAUUGCGAUGAUCAUGCGGAAUCAAGGAAACUACCUCAGCUGAUGGAAUUCCCGCCGGUUAUGUGGCCAUCUUUUAUUAAAUACAUCAAAAAUUGGAUGUUCGCUAACUUCAUCAUCAGGCCUUACUUUGACCAAGAAUUUAGCUUGAACGAAUUCAUUGAGGCUUCUAAGCAUGCAGUUCAGGUUGUUUCAGAAUGUCUACAAAAGAGUGAUUUUCAAAGUCUAGAAGGUUUAGUUGAAAAGGAUGCUAUAGCUUCCCUUAAGAAUGCAGUAACCAAGCUCUCCGUCUCUCAAAGACAAUUAUUACCUAUAGAUAAGGAAGAUAUUUUUUAUGCUUUCCCUUACCAGGUAGGUGUAAUGUUUGAUGAGUCUGAUAAGAGAUGGGUUGAGAUAACAAUGUGCUAUCAUGUUUUAAAAGGACUGAAACAAAUGCAGGAGACUGGGGAUCUUCCACCUAUUACAUUAGGAGUACAACCGGAAUUUAAGGACAAGAUAUUCAUACUUAACUAUAGAUUUAUUAGGGAGUUUACAAAAGGAGUUGAAGAUAGUUGGUGGGUGAACAUUGUUAACCACUUUCAGCCGCAGUCAAUUGCCAAGAAGUCAUAUUAGUUAAGACAAUAAAGAUUUAAUUUGUUUAUAGAUGAGGCAGUACAGUGUUUAAUACAAAAUAAAGUAUAAUUAAAUGUUU